AUGUCAAUCACUACCAGCUCUGCCGCCAAAAAAACCGUCGAUCUUGCUCUUGCCAAGGUUACCAAAAUCACCCCCUUGACCAAUGAUCAGUCGAGGUUUAUUCGUCUCAGCAAGAUCAAAUACCAAGGUGCAGAUGGAAAGAUGAGAGAUUGGGAGAUGGCAGACCGUACGACACGUCCAAAGGGAAUGGAAAUUGAUGGUGUUGGAAUUAUGGCUAUUACUAAAACUCACAAGGCUGGGGAAGUGCCUAAUAUCGUAUUACAAAAGCAAUUUCGUCCACCAGUUGGUGGGAUUUGCAUAGAAAUGCCUGCAGGGUUGAUCGAUCCAAACGAGACUGUUGAGCAAUGCGCCUUGAGAGAAUUGAAGGAGGAAACUGGAUUGGUUGCAUCCAUCAAGACUGUUUCUCCCAAAGUGUUUAACGAUCCAGGCUUCACUAAUACAAAUACUGUAAUUGUGACUGUUGAGGUGGACAUGUCACUGGAAGAGAAUAUCCACCCUGUGACACAUUUGGAAGAGAACGAAUUCAUCGAGACUUUCACUGUUCCAUUGAAUAACUUCUACGAAUCACUAGUGGAUCUACAAAACAAAGGCUACAGAGUUGAUGCCAGGGUUCAGAAUGUCGCCGAAGGUAUCAAAUUGGCCAAGGAGUUAGGCUUAAGCUAA